AUGGGGGUGCACUCCAUUUUACUGAUUUUAGUCUUGCUUACGGGCUGGUGUUUCCAACCUGUCACUGGCGACUUUGUGCUCUCUGAUGAACACUCAGAUAUUGGACAUGAUGAGGACAUAUAUCCAAACAUCUUUACUGAAACAAACGCUGAUGUACUCGACAUGAACAUGGAAACACAAAAUGUACCUGAAGAAAACGAGGAAACAAACUGGGGCGGAAUGGACACAAACAAGGACAACUAUGAGGACGCUGACUGGCAUCCUCCUAACUCCCUUUUUGAAACACACUCAGGCCUCGAACCUGAAGUCCCACCAGUAAAACGCAAGAGCAUCAGUGCCUCUGAUGUUGGCACAAACCAAUCCCCCAAUCGUACUGUUGGCACUUUACCGGUACAGUGUGGCGAGUACAGCAGCCAACUGACUUCUAGUGGCCAGUGCCGGCUGACAGCAACACUACCUCCAGUGGGAAAGAGGCAAAAACGUUGCCCAGAUAUGUUUCGUUGUACAGAUAAUGUUUCCCAUUGGCUCCACGAGAACCAGAACAGAAAGGAGCAGCUAGAGGAGCUAAAGGUGACGGUGUCUGAACAGCAGGAGGAGCUGAGGAACCAUUGGCAUCGAGUCAAGGCCGUGGAGAUGCAGAGUGAAGAAAGUGCUGUUCAGAACUCGACCUUUGACCAGCGGUUGCGCUCUCUGGAGCUGCGUUAUGCUGAGGCUGACGCGCUGCUCCAUGUCCAUUCAGCACUGCUGCACAAGCUACAGGUGCAGCUACGCAACCUGUCGGCCACUGUGCAGGCCAUGAGCCACAACACGGGAUGCACAAUCAGGCGAACUACACCGCCACUCAGCAUGCGAGACACAAAGGCACCAAAUGGACAGUACAUGUCUUUCUGUCCAUCAGACUGUGCGUCUCUUUAUCAUAAUGGUGUUCGCCGUUCUGGAGUUUACACCAUCAUCCUGUCACCAGGCUCCCCACUUCCUGUCUACUGCGACAUGGAGACCGAGGGUGGUGGCUGGACGGUGUUCCAGCGACGCCGCGACGGCUCGGUGAGUUUCAACCGUGGCUGGUCGGAGUACCGCAAGGGUUUCGGAGAGCCACGAGGAGAACACUGGCUGGGCAAUCAACAGCUCCAUCUUCUGUCCAACCAGGGCCACUACAGCCUCCGCAUCGACCUGCAGGACUGGAGCCAUGUCCACAAACAUGCCCUGUACCACACCUUCAGGAUAGAGAAUGAGGAGAACCACUACCGCCUCCAUGUGUCUGGUUUCAGUGGGACAGUGGAGGAUUCAUUCGGUUGGUAUCACGACCAGCAGGCCUUCAGCACGCCGGACACUGGAAACAUCUGCGCUGAGAUCAGCCAUGCCGGCUGGUGGUUCCACCAGUGUUUCUACACCAACCUCAAUGGUGUUUAUUAUAAGGGAGGACGUUACUCUCUGAAGGCUCAGAACCUGCUCGGGCCGGACGGCAUCGUCUGGUUCUCCUGGAAGGAUUCAGACUUCUACUCUCUGAAGAUGGUCACCAUGAUGAUUCGACCACGCCACUUUAGGCCACGCAUGUCCCCAUAG